CUCACGCACACUUUUUCUUCUCAUGCGCAAUUUCUCAGCCAUUACACACACAUUAACACACUCACACACACAUGCACAACAGGUAGAAGCCGGCUGUUUUACCCAGGCAGAACACAGCAAGGAAAAGAGAAAGCUUUCUCCUGGAAUUGUCUGACUGCGCUUUAAACGGCAAGAAGGGGGGAAAGGGGCACUUUGUCGCCCCUGCUGCAUUUGACACCAUGCUUCUCUGUGUGGACUGGCUGUUCUUCAGGGCAAGAUCUUGAAGAUGAUGGAGGACAAUAAACAGCUGGCACAGCGCAUAGACGGUGCCGUCAACUCGGCCAGCCAGGAGGUGACGAACUUACGCUCGGAGCUUACAGCCACCAGUCGCAGACUUGCUGAGCUCGGAGCAAACAGCACUAGUGGAGUCAAAAACAACCACCAGCACGAUCCAUCAGUCCACCAUAGGCAGAAGGCAGUGGUAUCUGAUAUCUGUUUCCAGACAGAUAUGACGAGCCUUAUGGACUUUAACAUGCCAGACACAUCUUUGGACAAAGUGCUGCUGAGGGAGGAGGUGGCUCAGCUGCAGGAGGAAGUGCACCUACUUAGGCAGAUGAAGGAGAUGUUAAGUAAGGACCUGGAGGAGUCGCAGGGCUGCUCAGCCAACACGCUGUCCACCACUGAGCUUCGCUUGCAGCUUACAGAAAAAGAGCAUGAGCUGGACCGAGCAAAAGAGGCUUUACAAGCUAUGAAAUGCGACCGUAAGAGAUUAAAGGCAGAGAAAGCUGACCUGGUGAACCAGAUGCAGCAGCUGUACACUACACUGGAGAGUCGAGAGGAGCAACUCAGAGACUUUAUCAGAAACUACGAUCAGCACAGAAAGGAUAGCGAGGAUGCAGUGAAGGCCCUUGCAAAGGAGAAGGACAUGCUAGAAAGAGAGAAGUGGGACCUGCGCAGACAGACCAAAGAAGCCACAGAACACGCCAGCCUCUUGCGCUCUCAGAUCGACAUGAAGGAGAACAGAAUCAAAGAGCUGGAGGCCGAGCUAACAAUGGCGAAGCUGUCUCUGGCCACCCUCACCAAGGAUGUUCCAAAGAGGCACUCUGUCGCAAUGCCCUCAGAGCCAGUGGUUAAUGGGAGUCAGGAGUGGGUGAUGCAGGCUGAGCUUCCUCUCACUGCAGCCAUUAGACAGAGCCAGCAGACCCUGUACCACUCUCACCCUUCAGAUAGACAAGCUGCAUUGCGGAUCAGCCCAUGUCACUCCCGCCAGCCUUCCAUCCUCUCAGACACAUCAGCAGCAGACGGUGAUCGUUCGUCAACUCCCAGCGACAUAAACUCGCCCCGUCACCGGACUCACUCCCUCUGCAAUUCCAUGGAGGACCUCGAGGACCAGAAGCGUAAGAAAAAGAAAGAGAAGAUGAGUCUGGGCUCGCUCUCGCGAGUAUUUGCCCGGGGCAAAUCCCAACGCAAGUCUAUGGACUCUGGUCUGUUUGAUGGUACUUCCACACCUGAUUAUUAUAUAGAGGAGGAUGCUGACUGGUGAUAAACCUGUGUGAGUGUGGGCCUGUGGAUGCGUACUGGACAAAUCCUGAGCACAUAGAAAAGAGAAAAACCUGCUGCCUCCUUGAAAUGUACAGACAACAAGAUAAUGUGUAUAUAUACUCAUUUGUGUGUGAAUAGGUUUAUUCUGUUUAUGCUGUAUAACCCAUUAAUUUGUGAGAAUCUGUCUGGGGUUUUUUUUAUUAACUGGACACUUGAAAUACUGAUGUGCAUAUGUAAAUAGGAAUUCUUGUGCACCUUAAAUUUUGUUUGGCCCAAAUGUCUCUUCUUCAUGCUUGGGUUACUUUUUUAUUUCCUAGCUCCAUAUUCCAUGCAGACAAUUUUGCUGCACUCUAAUUGGAAAAGUUUUUUAAAUGUUCUAUUUAUUUGAUUACGAUUAUUUAGAUGUGGGGAGUUAUCAUUACUUAAAAACCAUAUGCUAAGAUUUCUGACUGUAUAGAACCUUACAGUUUACAUAUAGCUAUCAUAUGCAGGUUUGUUAGACCUACAAAUGUGAUAUAGUGUAUUUACAUACACACCAAUAAUAAUGUAAUUGUCAUAUUUUUAUUUACAUAUUUUAAUAAUUUGUUUAUUUUAGUGUUUAUGUGAGCAGCAAACUAAAUGUCCAAAAACACAUACUAUUAACAUAAUGUGUAAAAAUAGAAAACAUGUAAAAGUCAUGUACUAACUAGAUCAUUUAAUCUAGUGCAGUACCACAAGGUUGGGAACAGAGCAUGGGUGAUAUGAAUUCUAUGCAAUUUGCAUAAAAAAUACAAUUAAUUAAAAACUAAUUUAUACCGUGCCUAUAGAAAUCUUCAUACCCCUUUUAAAUAGACGUCUUACAGCCUGAAUUCAUAACACUCUCUAUAUAAUAACAUAAUAUCUCUCUAGCUUUGUUUACACGUUUUGCCUUACAACAUUCAAGUAAUGAGAAAAAAGGGAAACUAUUUAUUAAAAGGCUAAUUAAACAAGAAGAA